AUGUCUUCUGGACUUGGAAUUAAAUGUGCUGGUUAUCCAUUACUGGCAACAACCAAAGGCCUUCAGGUGGUCAAGAAAGUGAAGGUGGGUGAGGGUGGUACCUGCAGGUGCCUUCAUUCAGCCGACUUUGACAAACUUUGUGCUGCAAUGGUCCAUCUGGCCAUCAGUCACUACCAGUCAAUUCUCGCUAACUUGACCAUUUAUCCAAACAACAUUCAAGUGCAAGACUGGUCUGGCCAAGCAUGGGCAGCCACUUGCCACUCUCAAGGCAUUCAAAUCGAUUUUGAUGAAGAUGUGUAUAAAUUGAUCACUGAACGUGGCUCUAAUCUAUGCAGCAACCUCAAGACUAUUCUACACCCACUUGUUGAGACCGAGUUUGGAUUCAGUAACGAAAAAAACCCCAAGGCCAUCAAAUCUAAUGCAGCAUGUGCAGCUCCUGAUCAUGAAGCAGGAAAAGGACUAUUUGAGACUGACAUUAUUGUCAAUGGAGUCAUUAAGUGGUGCUACAAUAAGAAAAACUCAUUGGGCACUACUCCACCAAGCUACUUCAAGGAUUCUACUACUGGUGGGGUGAGCUGGGGUAUCAUUGCAGUGGUUCUCACUGGGAUUGAGGCUUGCAUUGUGGAGUGGACCAGUGGCACAAAAAGCAAGACACGCUUCUACAAAGAGUGCUAUGCAACCAUCUUCAACAUUUACUUCAACAUGCUGGUCAAGUUUCACGAGGGCACAAAGCAUGUCAGUGUUUUGCUGAAGAUCUGCAAGAGGGUUCUAAGACAUACUUGUGUUCUGGAGGAUCCAUUCAGCAUGGGAGGCAGUACAGAGAACUUCUCGACAGACAAAUUCACUGUGGCAGCUGCAGAAUGGGAUGGUCGUGUAGAGUCAGACAAGGAGUAUUACUAG